GGUCUGCUUGAAGUGUAAAACGUCUACAUUAUGAGGAAAGCGUGACGUACCACCUGACGUCAAAUGUAGUACAUGGGUAAUCAGGCCUGCAAUUUCACCUUUGACCCACAUUGCGAUCACCUUUGACCUCACAUGACGACAGGAAGACAAAACUGCCCGAGUCCCGGUUUACGUGAAGAGAAAAACCAUCAUAGGAAGCAAGGUGAACAAGGCAACAAGGGAGAUACUUUUUCACAAAGGUCUAAGGGUGAGCCGGGUAGAGGCGCAAGUGACGUCAUAAGUCAUCCCCGUACCCAGGGUCCUUAGUAACACUACCCUGGGUACGACGCAGGCGAUACCACAAUCAUGGCCGAUCAGUCGGCGGCCGCUUCUGAAUCACGUGGGGAAAGCCGUGUUUUCAGCUCUCUGGAGGCCCUCAACGCGGCUUUAUCACUACACGAGGAGGAAACUUUGUCCAAAUUCAUAGUUUCCAGGAAGGAAAAAGAGUUUGGCCAAAAGAUUGACAAGAUAUCAGCUGUACCGAGGACCCAAUGGAAGUUAAAACACGUACCGUAUGAUGGGAUGCCUUUCAAGCUGGUCGGAAACAUAUCAUACUGUUGCCACCUGGGACCUGAUCUCAAUGUCAAGACGAAGGAGAGAUAUCAUGCUGACAAAGAGAAACAAGCGCUUGAAGCCAGGCACCGGCAGGUACAACACACAAAGAAAACGGAUUGUCCAGCACGAUUCACAGUCUCUCAAGUCAUCAAAUUUCCAGCUUUCAAGAUUGAAGAGGACAAGGAGUCAAACAGGAAGGCAGCUUCAGCAGCACUGAAGAAGGCCAUAGAAACUGACGCCUCCAGGGUAGAAGCAGUUGUGGAAUACCAUGCAAGGUUUCCUGACAUAACGGAGCAUCGGUAUCACCCUACUUCUGGACAGACAGCUGAACUACAAGAACCCAUUGAUCCUCGUGUCAAGGAUCAGAUCGUCAAGCUAACCUUGGCAGGGGUCAGAAGGGUUGAUGAGGUCAGACGGCACCUGGCAACAUUUGUCGCCGAUGAACUCUUCCGAGGGCAGAAGCCGCCUCCACAGACUCGACACAGGUUCAACCCUACGGACAAAGACAUACGAAAUCUCAUGAAACGAACAAGGGAUAGCACUAGCGGAAUUGCUGCCGAGCCUGCUGAGGUAGAUGAUGAAGCCUUGCCGCCAUGUGCUGACCUCCCUCCAAGAAAGAAGCAGAGAAAGACCCGACUAAGAACAGAGUGUGCAAGUCUUCUGAAGGAGGUGACGGGUCUGACGUAUCAUUUACAAGACGAGACAUUCCUGGAAACCUUGAAGGAACAAAUAACUGAUAUCAGGGAGGAUAUAAGGCAGCACGUGCCCCACGAUGAGACACUCCCUCUUAGUGUCUUAGGAUGACACCAAAAAAAAGUAAGACUGAAAGUGAAACAGCUGGUUGGUCAAGGUGGGACUCUACCUGUGAAGAGGGUACCCAAGAAACACCCAUAUCAACGUAAUAUGUUGAUAUUAUGAAAUCAAACUUUUGGGUCUCGUUGUACUCUUGACGCGAACAGUAUGUCGUAUGACCACCAAAUUUUCAGAGGAUGGUGUACUAGAAAACAUUUAUCAUAUGUACAAUUUUACAAUUAAUAUUUCGUUAUGAUAUAAUAUGACAUUUAUUGGCCAAAACCGUCUAGAUAG